AUGUCCUUCACACCUUCCAAGAUUCUGGUCUUCGGCGCCACAGGCAACAUUGGCCUGUUCAUCACCGAAGCCCUGCUGGACGCCAGCCCGGCAUUCGGUCAGAUCACUAUCUUCACGUCACCCUCUACCGUAGAGAACAAGGCGGCGCUGCUGGACGGGUGGAAGAAGAAGGGCGCCAAGGUCAUCAGCGGCAAUGUCGACAACAAUGACGAGGUCAAGGCUGCCUACAAGGAGCACGACACCGUCGUCUCGGCCCUGGGGAGGAACGUGAUUGAGAAGCAAAUCGACCUCAUCAAGCUGGCCGAGGAGACCGACUCCGUGAAGUGGUUCUAUCCCUCAGAGUACGGCACGGACAUUGAGUACGGCCCCAAGAGCCUCAACGAGAAGCCUCACCAGGCCAAGCUCAAGGUGCGCAAGUACAUCCGCGAGAACGUCAAGCGGCUCAAGUACACGUACCUGGUGACGGGACCGUACGUCGACAUGUAUCUAUCUCUCGCCCCGGUGGCACCGGAGGCCGGUGGAUAUGAUGUCAAGACCAAGAAGGCCGUCUUGGUGGAAGACGGCGAGGGCAAGGUCGGCUUGAUCACCAUGAAGGACGUUGGCAAAACUCUAGUCGCCUCGCUCAGACACCCUGACGCGUCGUUCAACAAGGCCCUGAAGGUGCAGUCGUUCGUCGCGACACCGAAGCAGAUUCUGGCCGAGUUCGAGAAGCAGACGGGCGCAAAGUGGGAGACCUCCUACGUGCCGCUGAAGAAGCUCGAAGAGGCCGAGGAGAAGGCGUGGGCCGAUGGCAAGCCGUACGCGACCAUCUUCACCCUGCGCCGCAUCUGGGCCGAGGGCGGUACGCUGUACGAGAAGACGGACAACGAGAGCAUUGGCGUUGGGCCGAACGAUGUUGAGACUUUGGAGGUGGCUGUUGGACGGGCUUUGGGAAAGACCGAGUGA